AUGGCAGAAAUUGAUGGUUAUUUUAGAUCAGGAACGGGUUUGACUUGUUUAGCCUGCAGAUUGGUUUUUGCAGAUGCUAUAAUUCAGAAACAACAUUAUACAAGUGAUUGGCAUAGAUAUAAUCUUAAAAGACAUGUCGCAAAUCUUGCUCCGAUUAGUGAAACAACAUUUUUGGAGAAAUCACUUCAAGUUGCUCAGGACUGCGAAAAGUUUAAAUCUUCUCAUAAAGAGAUUUUUUGUUCUCAUUGCCACAAAAAAUUUCAAUCUUCAAAAGCACUUGAAAAUCAUUUUAAUUCAAAAAAACAUAAAGAAAAUAUUUUAAAGUUUGAUAACAAUGUUAUUGAGGAACAAAAGUCUAUGGAAUAUGACGUUUCUCCUCAUAAAAAUAUUGAAGAAAAUAAAAAUUUACAAAAAGAAGAUGAUGAUCUUAAUGAAAAUAAUGGAAUUCCAAUUGGCGAUUGUUUAUUUUGUUCUUCAUCCUUAAGUGACUUUGAUUUAUGUAUGCAACAUAUGUCAAAGGAACAUGGAUUUCUAAUUCCUGAUUUUGAUUAUUGUUCGGAUGUCUUGGGAUUAAUUAAAUAUUUGGGUUUAAAAAUCGGUGCUGGAAAAACUUGUAUUCGCUGUAACAGUUAUCGUUUUCGAGAUCUAGAUGCAGUUCAGAAGCAUAUGCGUGACAAAAAUCACUGCAAUUUUCGGAUCGAUGAUACAGAAUUUGUUGAAUUUGUGGAUUUUUAUGAUUAUAGUGUUGAUGAAAGUGAUGAUAUGUCAACGCUGGUUAAUGUAAUGAAGGAAGUUUUUGAGAGUUGUUCAGCUGAUGAUGAUGCUUCUUUUAUUACUAUUCCAACUGGUUCGUCUAUUGGCCACAGGUCUUUAAUGCGCUAUUUCAAACAAUCUUUGAGGCCGAAUAAUGUUGGAAUCAAAACUUCAACAAAUCGAGCUCAUGCCAAUUUUUCAUUAAAACAAAUCGGUUUAAAUCAACCAACAAGUUUGUUUAUAUAUUUAAAUUGAGAUACCAGGAGAUUGAGGGUGGGUUGCAAAUAUUUAGGCAUUAAAAAUUUUCUUACAUUUUUCACAUACUUCCUCCAAAUCCUCUUACAUCUUCUAAUCCAAAUCCCCUAUAUCCUCCUUAAUAUAUCCCCUAUAUCCUCCUUAAUCAUUGGUCCAUCGUGAUAUCCUUCAAAUCGCCUGACUUUUCAAUACCAGUACUUUUCGGUACUACUGUUAUUGGUAUUGGAAAAAUCCAUUUGCAUAACACUAUUUAUUCUAUUAAUUAAGGCCUUUUGGCUGUUAAACUGGCAAAGGAUACCAAUCGAAUUACUAAUCGAGUAGUUCAGAAAUAUCAACUUAAAAAAGGAUUGGCAAACAACAGAAUAUUUGUU